GAUUUAUAUACAUAUAUAUCUAUUAGUGUGUGGUAGAGUUUAUAAGUGCAAAUGUGUUUUUUAGGUGCCUAAAUAUGUCGUUUUUGUACGUUUAGUUGUUUGCUUCAGUUGACGAAGAAAUAAAGUUUAUAUGAGCUGUUUAGAAAAUUACCACUUCGCUUUUUUUUUCCUCCUCAGCAGGUCAGUCAAUCAGUUAGCAGUCAGCUAGCUGCAGCAGCUGGUAGCUAUGGCUGCUGUUAUCCUGAGUUUCCCAACUCUGCAGGGUUUGAGGAUAUUUACACAAAAACUGUCAUGGACCAAAAAAAGCGUGAGGCUUAUUUCAGGAGGGGUGGGGAGGAUAGAGAAGGUGCUGAUAGCCAAUCGAGGAGAGAUCGCCUGUCGUGUGAUGCGCUCCGCCAAGAAGAUGGGCGUCCGCUCUGUGGCUGUGUACAGUGAUGCAGACAGACACUCCAUGCACGUGGCCAUGGCAGAUGAAGCCUAUCACAUCGGGCCUCCACCCUCCCAGCAGAGUUACCUCUCCAUGGAGAAAGUUUUGGAGGUGGCCAAGAAGUCUGGAUCACAUGCGGUCCACCCUGGCUAUGGAUUCCUGUCAGAAAACACAGAGUUUGCAGAGGCGUGUAAACAGGAAGGCAUCAUCUUCGUUGGACCACCUUCCUCUGCCAUCCGAGACAUGGGCAUUAAGAGCACUUCCAAACACAUCAUGUCAGCUGCCGGGGUGCCAAUCAUUGGUGGUUACCAUGGAGAGGACCAAUCAGAUGAGAGGCUGCAAGCAGAGGCUGCCAAGAUCGGCUACCCUGUGAUGAUCAAGGCGGUCCGCGGAGGAGGAGGGAAGGGGAUGCGUAUUGCACGGUCAGACUCAGACUUCAUAGAGCAGUUGGAGUCGGCGAGACGAGAGGCCAGAAAAUCCUUCAACGAUGACGUCAUGCUGGUUGAGAAGUUUGUAGAGGAUCCCAGACACGUGGAGGUUCAGGUGUUCGGGGACACUCACGGUAACGCUGUCUAUCUGUUUGAGAGAGACUGCAGCGUCCAAAGGAGACAUCAGAAGAUCAUAGAGGAAGCACCAGGGCCUGGCAUUAGUCCUGAAGUUCGGAGGAAACUUGGAGAAGCAGCAGUCAGAGCAGCUAAAGCUGUUAACUAUGUAGGAGCAGGUACGGUAGAGUUUAUCAUGGACGCCCAGCAUAACUUCUACUUCAUGGAGAUGAACACCAGGCUGCAGGUGGAGCAUCCCGUCUCUGAGAUGAUCACUGGAACCGACCUGGUGGAGUGGCAGCUCAGGGUGGCAGCAGGGGAGCGCCUGCCUCUGCUCCAGGAUGACAUCAUCUUGAACGGACAUUCGUUCGAGGCUCGUAUCUAUGCCGAGGAUCCAAAUAAUGACUUCCUGCCAGGGGCGGGGCCUCUGCUGCAUCUCUCCACCCCUCCCCCGGACCAACACACACGCAUAGAGACCGGAGUCAGAGAAGGGGACGAGGUGUCUGCUCAUUAUGAUCCGAUGAUCGCCAAGCUCGUGGUGUGGGGAGAGGACCGAUCCGCUGCCUUAAAGAAGCUGCGCUACUGUUUACGGCAGUACAAUAUCGUGGGUCUGAACACUAACAUAGACUUUCUGCUGAGUCUCUCGGGUCACCCGGAGUUCGAGGCAGGAAACGUGACCACCAGCUUCAUCCCUCAGCACUACGCCGACCUCUUCCCCGCACCGAAGGCUCCCUCUGGGACAACGAUCUGCCAGGCAGCCCUGGGCCUGCUGCUGCAGGAGAGGAGACACACACAGGACUUCACACAGAUCUCCACCGAUCCCUUCUCCCCGUUUGGCUCCAGCAGUGGCUGGAGAAACAACAUACAGUUUAACAGAAACAUGAAGCUGCAGCUGGGAGACAAGAAAGUCGACGUGGUCGUCACAUACAACAAAGAUGGAAGCUACACUAUGCAGGUCGGUGAGGAGGCGUACCAUGUGACCGGGGAGGUGGAGACUGAGGGCGGAGCUUCGUUCCUGCACUGCUCCGUUAACGGAGUGAAGUCUCGUCCCAAACUGGUGAUCCUGGACAACACGGUGCACCUGUUCUCCACGGAGGGGAGCGCCGAGGUGUCUGUUCCGGUGCCAAAGUAUCUGGCCGGUGUGAGCGGCUCCGGGGCUCAGGGUGGAGCGGUGGCCCCCAUGACUGGAACCAUAGAGAAGGUGCUGGUGAAAGCAGGAGACAAAGUCAGUGUCGGAGACCCGCUGAUGGUCAUGAUCGCCAUGAAGAUGGAGCACACGAUCCGGGCGCCAAAGUCAGGCGUUAUCAAGAAGGUUUUCUUCAGCGAGGGCUCUCAGGCCAACCGCCACGCUCCUCUGGUGGAACUGGAAGAAGAAGAAGGGGAGGCUAACGGGGACGGCGGCCAGUAAUCCCAAUCUAACACACAAUCAAACCCACAAAUCACAGCGGCAGGUACGAGAGAGAGCCAGAACGAGUUACUGUGACUGAAUAGGUGGUGUCGGCAUCCAGCGCCUGAUUCAUAUUUCUCAAAAUGUGAGUCAGGACCAGAAUCAGCUGUUGAGUCUGGCUCAGUCUGGAAGGGAUGAGACGGAUACUUUCAUCCUGGGGACCCAAAACGCAUUUUAAGAAGGUCCGAAACAGCUAGAGUGACCUGAAAUGUUACUGGGUUGGAAAAGCUCUCGUAGAAACGGUCAUAAAAAAGUGUUUCCUCCACUAAGAUCUCUAACGUUGCCUCUCACACAACAGACAACUGCCUUUUAUGUUGAUUCAACUAUUAUCUGUUUCUGCUUUUCUUUAUUGUGUGUUUUGUUUUUGCAGUUAUCAUUGAAUCUGUUUCCCUUCUCUGUGUUGGUUUCUGUCAGGGGUGUUGGGUAUCUCUUCUGUUUAGUAUUAUGCAUUUCAGUCCUUAUGGAUACACUAUGGAUACACUGUGAACUACUAUUUUUUUUUACACAGUGAAGUUUGUCAGCAAAUUUGAGGCAGAAGAUGCUUAGUAGGUGGGAUGAUAAGUGAUAAACAAGACAUAGUUCUUGCUGAAUUAUGCCAUAGAGGGUUAUAGGAAUAGUUACUGAUAAAUUGAGGGAGGGAAAAACCUCUCAUUCAGUAUUUAUGUGAGAAUUCUCAGCCCCACGUAUUGCAUUACUGGUUUGUUUAUUGCUCUGUCUGGGGGGGAAAAAAAACUGCAGGAAUUUAUCGUGACUGUCCAGUAAAACACAGGCGCCUUCAAGCUCGGCGAUUUUUUACAUUUUCAGUGAAGUUAAGCUCUCCCUCUACUUGUAUAUAUCAGGAAACCUCCUAGUAUUUGAACUGUUUUUGCUAAUUGAUUAAAAACUGAAAACAGUCCACAUCUUCUGUCCUUCCAGACUGACCCCAAACUCUUCCCUCCCCCCCCCCCCCCCCCAUGACGUGUUCUUGCACUUAUUAAAGCAGCGGUUCUAGUUUAACCCUGUGUUAAUCAUGACGUGUCUGUAGCUAAAUGUGGCGCUGAGAAAAAAAAGAGGCCUUUUGAAUCAUGGAGGUAGAAAAACACUCCAGUACGACCUUUAGAUCAGAUUAUUCUUAUACAAAGUUAAAGUCCCUAUUUUCAGUGUUUUUGUGCCCUGAUUUCAAACGACCCUUCAAGAAUUAAACGUCAGUCACGAAGGGCUUUUAACAGAUGGUUUGCUUCUGUGUAAAUCCACAGUCAGUCCGAGUGAUUUAUUCACACGGUCUCGACACAUGACCUGUUUCUGCUGAUCACUGUCCUCUUACUAACCGUGUGCUACGAGGCCUUGUAGACUAAAACUGAUCAUUUAAACACGUGUUCAUCUCCAGGCUUAUUUUGUAGACGUAAAAACAGAUGAUUUUUUUAAAAAAAAUAAGAAGAUAUUGGAGUGGUCAGAUACUGUAAUAAACUUUUGUCAAAGUAUAAA